CAUUUUCUGGAUAUUGAUAGCAAUUUGCCAGACGGGCCAUGCCAUUGGCUGACCUCUAUCGGGGUAGCUGUCAGCCUUCUGAUCUGGGACCUGACCGCGGAAAUUUGAGGAACUUGUAUCAACAAUUUGGCGAAUGCGAAUCGAGGAGUUCCGAACGAUCAAGAUCACGCGGGAACAGUUCAGAUGGGACGCAGGAACCUGACGACACAAAUCUGUGGCCUUUUGUGAAUUGGGCCCCUGUGUUUUUCAAUGCUUGUGGAAUGCCAGCAGAGCAAUAUGCCCACGCACUUUCCCAACCCCUGGUGGUUGGAACCGCUUGCACUGGCUCAGCUGCACCCAGCUUUGCGCUGGACCAAAUUGUAGGAGCUCACAACUUCAGUGAAGUGAUUGCAAGCGAGUCACACGCAACUACACGCAAGUGGCUGUUGGAGAAUCGGAACAUGCACCAUCUAUACCAUGACCUGACUUUUGCCCGGACUGGUGGGCAGUGUCAAGUGCAUCAUCAGCACUGUCCACCCAUGCCACUACCAAGUGACAAGGAGGGAGAAGGGCAAGCACGCCUGGAUAUCUAUAUUUCAGGCUUUGUAUGUAAGAACUUUUCACAGGAAAACAAUGUCCGCUUCCAACACAGUGACGUGCGCGAGCUAUUUAUAUCCGCCAACAUAGAGACCGCGAGAAAAGCCAAACCAUUUCUGGAGACAUCGAGGUUCAUCCGGAAAUAUGCUCCAAAGGUGGCUAUUCUUGAAAAUGUAUUUGGUUUGGCGAAAAGGAGUUCCAAAACAUCGUCAACAGAUGAGUUUCAGGCGCCGAUUGACUUUGUACUACGUGGGAGUGUGAGGGAAGCAGGUACAGAUCACGAUGAGCCCAUAGGGCUCCAACUUAUACCAGGCUAUGCCAUGGAUAUGUUCCGGUUGAAGAGCAAAGAUUUUGGCGCUGGCCAAACUAGAUCACGCAUCUAUUUCAUCAUGGUGCACCACAGUGUUGGAGACCAAAACACCUUGGACCACAUUGGUGCUUUGCUGCAAACUUUCGCUGCGUCCAUGCCAGCAACCUCUGUCUGGGACGCUGUGGACUACGUCAAAUGCUGCAAGCAUGAUUGGACUCCAGAGGAAGAGGACCUUGACCAAAGUGAUGUUGUUGGAGGUAAAACGCGCGAAUCCUUUGACAAGGCCAAGGCAGAUCUUGGGAUGGACACUUCAAGCUACGAAGAAUACAGAGCGUUCACUUUGCUUUGCAAGCAGAGAGAUUCAACUUGGCCGCGCGGUCUAAAUGGAAGAGAAAUUGAGCAACUGGAUAUCAUCUACCAUUUGUUGCCUAUUGCUGAGCGAUCAAGAGUGGUCACGGAUGUGGUGAAAUCAUUGGGGCGAAGAGCAUGGCGGUCUGAUGGUCUCAGCCCAACGUUCCUUUGAGUUGAUGGAGCCAUGGUUUUAAACGGGUGCUUAAUCAUAUUCUGAUUCAGUUCGCAAAAUUCUCGUAGUGAAUCUUGAGGCUCACCACGAACAGCAAAAUAUUCGAUUUCAGGAAUGAAAAGCUUUUGAAUCCAGCAGAGAUGAUGGCCCUGCCAUUGUCUUAGAUGAUGCCUCAAACUUUGAAGCACAUGCUAUGCAUUCAAGGUCCCGAUUGUGAAUGUCGUGUCUUUGGUGCAUGUUGUGAGGCAAGGCUUUGACGUUUCCCAGAUUCACUUCUCCGGAUACAAGCGUUCCUUUUUCAGCCUGCUCAGUGGCAAUGCGAUGACCAUGCCGGUGAUUGGAGGAUGCCUUCUUGCAGUCCUAUUGACCACUGCACUUCGAUCCGAGUUUCGUUCCUGUGUCACUGAAGAGCCGCAAAGCGGUCUUGCUCAGAGUGAUGAUGAUGAUCAAGACGAUGCUACAGACGCAUCGGGUUCUUCUUCGAACUUCCCACAACAUUUGCGGGAUGAGUGGCCAACUUUGGCACACUCUGGAUCAGGGUAUAGUUCUUCUGAGUUGGAAUGGCUGUACAAUGCACCUCCUGGGAGGGUACUUUGAAAGUCCUCUAAGUGCAACCAAGAAGACUUUCGUCCAGCCUAGCUUGGAAAAGUGGUUGGUCUUCUGCGUUUUGCUGGAUGGAUUUUGUUCAACUUCCGGCUUCUCUGGAUUCUCAGUGAGCAGUUUUUCAAGCACACACCCACUUAACAAUUUACCACAUUUACCACAAGACCUGGGGUUGGUCUGCGUCUUUUGUGCCAAAAGAUGCAGCAAAAGGUGUGAUUUCUCUUUGUUUUCUUGAUUUCCUCA